CCUUACUUAGACGACAGGAAAAACAUGAAGUAUCACAGCACUGUCUAAGUAUAGGUUUAAAAUUAUACCGCAUCCAGCUCGUAUUUAAUCAUCCAGUCUAGUUGAACGUUUUAUUCAAAAACCAUCCUAAUGAAGAUGAGGACAAGUCGUCAAGAGGAAACUCCAGAUGACUUCUGGAUCCCAAUCCCCCUGGAAACCGACAACAUCACAGCCCUCAGCCCGUACCUAGUCCCCCAGGACCAUUUAGGGAGCCUGGGGCUUUUUUAUUCAAUGUCAGCAUUAAUGUUCUUCUUGUUUGUGGCCGGCACAGCCAUCAAUGUCCUCACAAUCGCAUGUACUAUUCAAUACAAGAAGCUCCGCUCCCAUCUGAACUACAUCCUGGUCAACAUGGCUGUGGCGAACCUCAUCGUCUCGUCCGUGGGCUCUUUUACCUGCUUCUACUGUUUUGCCUUCCGAUACAUGGCUCUUGGUCCUCUCGGCUGCAAGAUCGAAGGAUUUACGGCGACUAUUGGUGGCAUGGUCAGCCUUUGGUCUCUUGCGGUGAUUGCAUUUGAAAGAUGGCUGGUUAUCUGCAAGCCACUCGGCAACUUUGCCUUCAAGUCAGAGCAUGCUUUGUUCUUCUGUGCACUUACCUGGUUCUUUGCUUUGUGCGCUGCAGUUCCUCCACUAGUGGGAUGGAGUAGGUAUAUCCCUGAGGGAAUGCAGUGUUCAUGUGGACCAGACUGGUACACGACGGGCAACAAGUACAACAACGAAUCAUUUGUGCUGUUCCUCUUCUGCUUCUGCUUUUCCGUCCCUUUCACUUGCAUCGUCUUCUGCUACUCACAGCUGCUCUUCACGCUGAAAUCAGCGGCAAAGGCCCAGGCAGAGUCUGCCUCCACCCAGAAGGCAGAGAAAGAGGUGACCAGGAUGGUGGUCGUCAUGGUGCUGGGCUUCCUGGUGUGCUACCUGCCAUACGCCUCCUUUGCGCUUUGGGUCAUAAACCAUCGUGGACAGACGUUUGACCUGAGACUUGCUACCAUACCGUCCUGUGUCUCAAAAGCCUCCACGGUCUACAAUCCUGUCAUCUACGUUCUCCUCAAUAAGCAGUUCCGCUCUUGCAUGAGGAAGACGCUGGGGAUGAGUGGAGGCGACGAGGAGGAGUCGUCUGCAACUCAGUCGGUCACCGAAGUCUCAAAAGUUGGACCCUCUUAAGUUCUUGGCCUGUCUUGAUUUGGAUGACAUGGGAAUGACCAACAUUGACGUGUUUUUACUGUGGUUGUAUCUUAGGGUUUUCAAAGAAACAUGUAUAUAAAAAAAAAAACCAUAAAAAAAACAGACAAAAAAAGAGAAAAAGAUUCAUCUGAUGAAGCUGAUAUUUUUCUGUGCAUUUUACCAUGGACAUAAAGCAAAAACACAUUCUAGAAUUGCAUUCUGAUGUGAAAACAUGGGGAUUGCUUUUCUUCCAAAAAAAAAAUGACUGAGGUCUCUGAAAACCCAUAAACUACAAAAUAAAUGCAUGUAGCACAUCUGCCGUGUGUGUGGAUAAGUUGUUCUACAUGCCAUGACUUGUAAGUAUUUACUUGUAUAUAUGUAGCAACAGAAUUAAUAAAGAGAAGCUCAU